AUGCAGCGCUAUAGAGAAGAUGCCUCUGAUGAGAGCCACGAUGAAGAAGAUAUUCCUUUACACUACAAGCGGGCUUUCGGCGCGGGGCUGAAGCGGCAAAGGGUCGAAUUUGUUCCCGCCCAAGAUCCUGAUGCUGGAACUACAACCACAAUAACGCCAGCCAAGUCAACAGACACUUCCAUUGGCGAUUUAUAUGCUAGCAUCGUUCUAAAACCUUCCCAAGACAAAAAUACCAAAACCGCAGAAGAAGAGCCGGAGGAAAUAUGCCCAGACUGCAAACUCCCCAUCUCAUCCACUUCACAGCCUCACGAAGCAUCCUUCGCUCACCAAGUCUCACUCACACAUUCACACCCCCCAUCAGCACUUGAUCGCUCGCGCAUGGGCCUCAAAGCCCUAAAAUCCCAAGGCUGGGACCCUGAUGCCCGACGAGGUCUAGGAAGAGAGGGUGAAGGAAUGCGAUAUCCUAUCAAAGUGGUGGCGAAAGAAGAUACCCUUGGAAUCGGAGCAACGAUACCGAAGGAGAUCCGGGAAAAGAAAAAGGAAGAGAAGCCCAGGCCAUUAAACAGAAAGGAAGCGAAGCAGUUGGCGGCUAAGGAACGACAACGGCACGAGAGACUACAGUGCCCUCACGCGGUUAAAGAGAUGCCCACUCUAGGACUUGCCCAAGGACUCACCGCCGAAUCCAAAGACUCACCCGGAAAGACAGCAAUUGACGACUCUGCUGUACUCGAAGCCAUCACAGCUAGACAUUUGGGUUCAGAGCAUCGCGAUACCAAUGCGAUCAGCUCCUAUUUCGAGAGCUAUCUCUAA